AUGGACAAUUCAAUUUAUGUGGAAGUUAUUGGUGAGUGUAUUUUGUAUAACAAACCCUUCUAUAUGAUGGACACCUCUGUAAAACGGACACCUAGAGUUGGUCCCUGCCUUUCUUUACUCCUUUUACGUUACUCUUUGUAAAAUAGACAUCACUAUAUAAGAUGGAUACAUAAAGCAGGUCCCCAAAGAUGGCCGUCUUAGAGAGAGUUGACCGUUCUACUGUUCAUUUUUAAAUUUCAGGAACCUUCCUGCUGACAUUUGUGAAUAUUGAUUUUUACUUAGGUUGAGGCUAACUUAGUAUCUAUGUGUCAUACAGAAGUGAUUAUUAAUACAGAAAGUGACUAUUCUCUGAUCUGAAACCAUUAUAUUGCUUUAGGAGCUAUUUUUAUUGCUUACAUUUGUUUGUUUGUUUGUAUAGUUGUCCAUCUUGAGGGAUCCACUCCCACAAAGUAUGGUUUGCUUCUCAAUAAUGAUGACAGAUACAAAGCUGUCAAGAGAGAAUUGUCAAAGUACUGUGGCCUUGUCUCUUCACAGCUUCUUCUGGUUGAAAUAUUUGGAGCUUCUGUCAGGGUAAAAUACAUAUUACAUGAUGUAAACAAACAUAAAACGGUCAGAACCAAGCUACUCUGUAGCUCAUGCACACAUAAGAAUAACAUUAGUUGUUCCUCUCACAAUAUUAUUAUCACUUUGUUAUUGAUUGCAAUGGGUGGACCAUGUACUGCUGGUCUUCAUCCAGCAAUGGUGUCAAUUUACUGUGCAGGACUCAAGCAAUAUUAUAGUUGCCUAGGAAAUAUUGUUGGUUGUGUGACUGCAUUGUGGUCAAUAAUACCAAGGGACUAUUACGAGACACAAUGAGCAAGCCUAAUGUAGACCAUAAUGAAUCAUGAUUGUCCUUUGUUGUACAAAGUAGUUGGUUUCAACCAAUGAUAUCAUUAUAAUAACGUUAUAAAUUUUUAUGCUUGACAGAGCUUACCAACUGAUAUGCAGAAAAUCCGCACAGCCUUAGCUGGUGUGCUUUAUGCCUAUGAAAUUCCUCUUCCUGCAAUAGCUUGUGAAGAUGAUUGUAGUGCUUCCACAACUCCAGGUACCGAGGAAGAGAAAGGUUUAUGCACUGAUUGCUCUGUGGAAUCUAACAACCGAUGCUCUGUAAACCAAGGUACAAACUGUCAAACAGCUACUCCUAAUUGCAAUAAUAUAUUGAGUGGUGAAGAAUUAGAAGAAAAAGAGGGAAAAUCCUCUAGAACAAACUCUGAAAAUAGCUCUGAAGAAGGCGAAAACCGUUUAAAAGUGCAGGAAGACUGGUUUGCAGAUGGAAAGAAGAACAAAAAGAAAGCCUCUUCAAGUCCGAUCAAAAGACUGAGCCCCAAACUUCGGAAAAGGCUUAGUCCAAAGUUUGGUGGUGGAUUUAACUUUACAUUAAGAAAGUCUUCAUCGUCAAAUUCUUCCAUUGAAAUGACUGAAGGAACUUAUAAUUCAAAUUCUGAUUCUGGGAUCAGUUUAAGUGUGGAGAAUUCAGUGCCUUGCACAUCUCAAACAAAGCAAUGUGAGCUGUAUCAAGGAGUCUGGACUCAAGUGGCCAGGCUGCUAAGCCCACCUGCUCCAGGGGAAACAAACUGUAAAGAUGGGUAAGUGAGGAAAGCACUAGUAAGCAGUUAAAAGAUUGACAAUUUCUUUUUCCGCAUUGUUUCACUGAGCUUAAAAUUAACCAUCUUUCAUCCAGUCACCUCACAGUACGACAUUGACAUUGCAGAUCCUUGUAUUAUGCAGGAAGCAUGUCAAAUAUGAGCCUAGUUUAUGGCCUCUCUCUCCAUGAGUUCUCUGUAGCUCAGGUGGAUAGAGUGCUUGCCCGGUCUUUGGGAGGUCAGAGGUUCGAAUCCUGUCGGGGACUCAGAUUUUUUCUUUGUCCCACAUUCAUGACAUGCAUUUUAAUUCACUUUCACAAUUUCUUUUUCCUUCACCAAUCCUAACCAGCAAUGGCCUAAACAGCCUGCAUGAAACAAUUACGUAUAAGCCCCUCCAAACAUAACUCCCCCCCUCCCCCAAAAACACAUAACGCAGAAAACCCUUCCAUUUAAUCCCCCCUCUGAAUAUAAACCCCUGGGCCGAGUUGUUCAAAGCUGGGUAAAGAUAACCCAGGGUUAGUGCGAGAUUUGAAUUCAGAUUUGAAAGCUUAAAAAGCAUUUCAGUUUUAAUUCUUGUCUAUAAGUUGAUGAUUGGAGGCUCUUAAAAUAGCACAGAAAAUUAUGUGAGAAAAUGCUUUUGAACACAAGAAAAAGAAACCCAGGUUAAAUGUAACGGGUUAAGUGCUAAUCGGCCUUCAAACAACUGGGCCCUGGGGGCUUAUACUUGGAAUUGCCCUCAAAGACAAAAGAAAACGAAACAAAAACAUUUCAGUAACAUAUUUUUUUUAUUUGCUGAAGAACUGUUGUGUGUGCCAAAUAAAUGCCGUCAAAAAGUGUCACAGUUUAUGGCUGUUUCUGUAGUUGACUCUUCACUCUUGGCUUGGAUUUCUUUGGUCCAUAGAUAAAUUACUUGCAAGAAAGGUUUAUUCUGCCACCUUGCACCCUAGUUUUUAAAGUUUGCAUGGCAGAGAUUUAAGAAGAUCUGCAUCUUCAGAGCGAGUUUCAGGAAAAACUUCGUGCAAAAUUACUGACAUAAAUUUCCUUCCAACUAUAAGGUAGCCCAAUCGAUUUUGAGACGCAAAUUUCCCUCCCAAGUAUAAGCCUAGCCACUUUUGUAACACAAAUUUCCCUCCAUACAUAACCCCCUCCAAAAAUAAUCCCGUCAAAACGGGCCUUUGAAAAAAUAAUAUAAGCCCCAGCACUUACUUUUGGAAUUUUAUGGUAGCUUUGAUGCACAACAUAGUUAUGCACAGUCUCCCUCACAGCCAUUUUUGUCUUGUCACGCAACAAAAAUUUUUUCAAGCAUUACCCAACUGCAGUGAUUUCACCAAAUAAUAUGUCAGAGAUACACGCAUAGAUAAACAUUAAAAUUUGACUGUCAAAUCAAAAAUGCCAACCCUACUUCCCAUUGAUUGGAACUUCUUUAAAACAUUUUUCCUUAUUCUGAGUUUUUUUGAAAACUAAAUCCUUGUAAAUGCCAACUAAAGAAGAAAAUUGUAAAGAAAGGUUAAAAGAUGGGAGAAAAGCAGCCUGUUUUUUUUUUUCAAGAUACCAGGAGUAACCUGGUUAUAUUUACCUGCUGCAUGGAUUAUUCGUUAGUUUCCUUUUCUUCUUAUCUCUUUUCAGAGUUAACUGAGCUCUUGCUCUGACAAUUUUUUUGUAGGGAUGCUGGUGAUUUUCCUUUUGAGCUGCGGGCAGUUCAGAAGGAUGGUCUCACGUGUGCUUGGUGCCCUUGGUACAGGUAAUAUAUAUCUCAGAUCCUUCAGUGCUAUGUAGUUUCAUCCAUAUAACUGAAUUUAAUUGUACAGUCGAACACCCACUUAAUACGGACACCUCUUUAUUAGGGACAGUUUUCUUUGUCCCUGGGGCAAGUCCAUACAUUUUCUCUAAAUUUAACCUGCUUAAUAUGGACAGCUGUUAAUGCAGAAAUGGGCACUUGUUUCUUGCCCAAUGAACAGAUUCUCAUAGAACGUUAGGAAUCUCAAUAAUGAGGACACUUCAUUAUCAACUGUAUGUUGUAACAAACAUUUCCUUUUUUAAGGUAAAAAAUCUUCAGUUGACAGCAUUUCGAUGUUCCCAGCGCUACAGUACACUGGAUAAGAUGAUUUUUAGACAUCAAUUGCAGGCUAUUUUCAAGCAUCAAAAUAGAAAAUGGUUUUGAUUAAGUAGUACAGUCAACUCCCGUUAUUGCGGACACCCUCGGGUCUGUGGUUUAGUGUCUGUAAUAGGUUGAUAUUUAGAGGAGUUGCAUUUAUUUAUAUUGUACAUUGUCUCCAGAACCAAUUGCAGUGCAGUUUUCGCAUAUAAAGUAGUGUCAGAACUUUAUUUACAAACAAGGCAAAUCGUAGCAGAACAGAACUUGCCUCUCCCUUCAUUCACCACAACAGUCACUGAAACAUUUGUAGUACACAAAAACCAUAAACUACGGUACUAGAAAAUCCAGUUUAUGUACGUUAAGUAUGAUAACAGAUAAGUAUUAGCUCGCGGGCUAAUACAAGCAUUUUGAUUCAGCCUAAGUACCCAUAACUAACAGAAGUGACCUUUAUUUCCUAAUCAGAUUCUGCCAUGGAUGUGUUAUAAAAUGUAGUGAACAGGAGUUUGGCUCCAGUAGUUCGUACAUAGCUAUUGAAUGGGACCCUACAACACUACACCUCAGAUACCAGAGCUCACAAGAGAAAGUCUUCACUGAACACGAGAGUGUGGAGAGGAGCAGAAAGAUGCAAACAGAACCUAUUGACUUGUAUGAAUGUUUUAGAGCAUUUACUAAAGAAGAAGAGCUUGGAGAAGAUGAGUUAUGGUAUGGUUUUAACUCCUUUGUGAACCUUUCCUCUCUUUCUAUAAGACCUAUGUCUUGACGUGCCUGCACCGUAUUUCUUGUUCAUUCUUAUUUCUCUGCUGCAUUGGUCCUUUGAAGAACUUGGGUGGGGUCAAACGUGAUGGGCAAACACACCAUUUACAUACAAAUUUAUUGAGGUCUUCACCCAAUCAAUUAAAAUAAGCAUAUUAUGCUAGAGCUCAACCUUUCAUUCCUUAGUUCAAUAUUAUCAUGGGGAUUUGUAAUGUAGUUCCUAAUUGUGAGUCUGUGGAUGAAAUCCUAUGGUGUUACCAUUCAAAUGAAACAAUAGUACUUUCACAUAGUAUUUUGUUUUCAGCAUAAUUAUUAUAAAAUGGAACGUGGGAAAUUAAUCAGAUUUUUAUGUUGGCCUCACCGGGGUGGAUGAGUUAAAUUUGGUAGGUAAAAUGUAUGUAGUAAAAGGUUGAUAUUUAUUUUGUUCAUAUUCUUCUUUCUAAGGUACUGCAACAGAUGCAAGAAGCACAGACUAGCGGUGAAAAAGCUGGACAUAUGGAGUCUACCACCCAUCUUAGUGAGUAACAGUAUUGCUGAUAAAGCACACUGUAACUAUCUUGCGAAAAAGCAGUUAUCGUGAAAUCAAAACUGUUAUUAUGUCAGUCAUCUUACGAACGAGAACAAAGAGUUUGACCCAUUCAACCUUACUUAGUUCUGUUUGGUUACAGUACACUGAGUUUCACUUCAUAAUGGAUCAAGAAAUCUGGACUGUUGUCAUCCGUGAUUGUAUUAUUUUAUACUGUCAGUGACAAAACUCAAUAUGUUACAUACACCAUACCUCUUUGCACUCAGUUACUCUGUUGGCCUCCACUCUUGCCUGCCUGCAGGCCUGCCAACUUAAAAAGUGGUCUGGUUUUAGUAAUGGUAUUUAUUUACGGGGAUGGGACAUCAAUCCAUCACCAACCCCCCAACGUGGAGAGCGAGAUGUUGCAGCAGUGGUUUACGGUCCCUCACCACUAAAAAAUCUCGCCACCAACAAAAUCGCCACCAUAUAAUAACUCUGCAAUAAUUGACACUAUGAAUUUACUUACCUGGGAUUGUUAUUUCUUCCUCGAGCACAAAUAUGUUUAUCGAUUUUAACUGACACCUUGCGUCGAACUUGUCAUCUUUAGUUUUAUUUUUUGUGAAUUAUUGCGACUUUUUAAUACCUUAAUACGGCUUAUUUGCGUCGCUCGAUGUAAGCUUUAGCAGAUGGAAAAUUAAGAUAAAAACAUUCCUGGCCUGCAAAAUAGGCUGAAGAAAAUGCAAGGUCCAUUAAGAUUGUGUAGAGGUCAGGGAAUGGGCACAGUUUUUUUUCUCAUUCAUACGCCACUUCCACAUUUUUCGAUAAUGCACCUUAUAUGCGCCUCCCAACCCCCCAAAUUUUGCAUAACCUUUGUUUUUCAUUUCUCCUGGGUAUUACAGCUGUCCCAAGAGGAAUUAAAACCAAUGCUUAUGCAAAAUUUUUUGGGGCAAAUAAGGUUCAUCAUGGGAAAUGUAGCAGUGGCGUAUCAAAGUGAGAACACUGGCAUUGGCCGGUUCUUCGGAGAUCACAAAAUUCUAUUGUUUAUAACUCAAAUUCUCAAAUAUCAUAUUGAUGAGCUGUACUAUAUUUGUUCAUAGGACGUAGUGAAUUACAAAAUAGGGGCGGUGGUGGCAAUUAAGUAGGCUUUCUUUCUAGCAACUCUACAUUUUAUAGGAAGUUAUCUUCUGUACAGCAAGUUUAUCUUCCUGUUGGAAAAUGCUUACGCUGUAAAUUACUGUUUCUUUUCCAUGUAUCCAGCAUCGCUUUGAUGCGUAUUUCCUAUCACCACAAAAGAAUCGACCUGGUCUGUUUGGAGUUCCUGUCAUUGUGCCUUGCACUGCUCACACAAAGCAAUGUGAGCUGUAUCAAGGAGUCUGGACUCAAGUGGCCAGGCUGCUAAGCCCACCUGCUCCAGGGGAAACAAACUGUAAAGAUGGGUAAGUGAGGAAAGCACUAGUGAGCAGUUAAAGGAUUAACAAUUUCUUUUUCCACAUUGUUUCACUGAGCUUAAAAUUUACCAUCUUUCAUUCAUGCACCUCACAGUACGACAUUGACAUUGCAGAUCCUUGCAUUGUGCAGGAUGCAUGUCAAAUAUGAACCUAGUAUACGGCCUCUGUCUCCAUGAGUUCUCCGUAACUCAAGUGGAUAGAGCGCUCGCCCGGUGUUUGGGUGGUCAUAGGUUCGAAUCCUGUCGGGGACUCAGAUUUAUUCUUUGUCCCACGUUCGUGACAUGCUGAUUAAUUCACUUUCACAAUUUCUUUUUCCUUCACCAAUCCUAACCAGCAAUUGCCUAAACAGCCUGCAUGAAACCAUUAUGUAUAAGCCCCUCCAAAUAUAACUCCCCCCCCCCCACCAAACACAUAAUGCCGAAAACCCUUCCAUUUAAUCUCCCCUCUGAAUAUAAGCCCCCGGGGGCUUAUACUUGGAAUUUCCCUCAAAUACAAAAGAAAACCAAGCAAUAACAGUUCGGUAACACAUGUUUUUUUAAUUUGCUGAAGAACUGUUACGUGUGCCAAAUGAAUGCCGUCAAAAAGUGUCACAGUUUAUGGCUGUUUGUGUAGUUCACUCUUCACUCUUGGCUUGGAUUUCUUCCAUCCAUAGACAAAUUACUUGCAAGAAAGGUUUAUUCUGCCACCUUACGCCCUAGUUUUUAAAGUUUGCAUGGGAGAGUUUUAAGAAGCUCUGCAUCCUCAGAGCGAGUUUCAGGGAAAACUUCGUGCAAAAUUACUGACAUAAAUUUCCUUCCAACUACAAGGUAGCCCAAUCGAUUUCGAGACGAAAAUUUCACUACAAGUAUAAGCCUAGCCAAUUUUUUAACACAAAUUUCCCUCCAUACAUAACUCCCUCCAAAAAUAAGCCCGUCAAAACGGGCCUUUGAAAAAAUAAUAUAAGCCCUGGCGCUUACAUUUGGAAUUUUACAGUAGCACUGAUGCACAACAUAUUUAUGCACAGUCUGCCUCACAGCCAUUUUUGUCUUGUCACGCAAAAAUAAUAUUUUUUUCUGACUGUCAGAUCAAAAAUUCCAACCCUACUUCCCAUUGAUUGGAACUUCUUUAAAACAAUUUUUCCUUAUUCUGAGUUUUUUUGAAAACUAAAUUCUUGUAAAUGCCAGCUAAAGAAGAAAAUUGUAAAGAAAGGUUGAAAGAUGGGGGAAAAGGAGCCUUGUUUUUUUCAAGAUACCAGGAGUAACCUGGUUAUAUUUACCUGCUGCAUGGAUUAUUCGUUAGUUUCCUUUUCUUCUUAUCUCUUUUCAGAGUUAACUGAGCUCUUGCUCUGACAUUUUUUUUGUAGGGAUGCUGGUGAUUUUCCUUUUGAGCUGCGGGCAGUUCAGAAGGAUGGUCUCACGUGUGCUUGGUGCCCUUGGUACAGGUAAUAUAUAUCUCAGAUCCUUCAGUGCUAUGUAGUUUUAUCCAUAUAACUGAAUUUAAUUGUACAGUCAGACACCCACUUAAUACGGACACCUCUUUAUUACGGACAGUUAACUUUGUCCCUGGGGCAAGUCCAUACAUUUUCUCUAAAUUUAACCUGUUUAAUAUGGACAGCUGUUAAUGCAGAAACGGGCACUUGUUUCUUGCCCAAUGAACAGAUUCUUGUAGAACGUUAGGAAUCUCACUAAUGAGGACACUUCAUUAUUAACUGUAUGUUGUAACAAACCUUUCCUUUUUGAAGGUAAAAAAAUCUUCAGUUGACAGCAUUUGAAUGUUCCCAGCGCUACAGUACACCAGAUACAAUGAUUUUUAGACAUCAAUUUCAGACUAUUUUUAGGCGUCAAAAUAGAGAAAGGUUUUGAUUAAGUUGUACAGUCAACUCCCGUUAUUGCGGACACCCUCGGGUCUGUGGUUUAGUGUCUGUAAUAGUGAGAAUCCAUAAUAAUGGGGUGGGAGAAAAACAUUUCUUGAUAUUUAGAGGAGUUACAUUUAUUUAUAUUGCACAUUGUCUCCAGAACCAAUUGCAGCGCAGUUUUCGCAUAUAAAUUAGUGUCAGAACUUUAUUUACAAACAAGGCAAAUCGUAACAGAAUGGAACUUGCAUCUCCCUUUCAUUCACCACAACAGUCACUGAAACAUUUGUAGUACACAAAAACCAUAAACUACGGUACUAGAAAAUCCAGUUUAUGUACGUUAAGUAUCAUAAGUAUUAGCUUGCGGGCUAAUACGAAUGUGUUGAUUCAGCCUAAGUACCCGUAACUAACAAAAAUGACCGUAUUUCCUAAUCAGAUUCUGCCACGGAUGUGUUAUAAAAUGCAGUGAACAGGAGUUUGGCUCCAGUAGUUCAUACAUAGCUAUUGAAUGGGACCCUACAACACUACACCUCAGAUACCAGAGCUCACAAGAGAAAGUCUUCACUGAACACGAGAGUGUGGAGAGGAGCAGAAAGAUGCAAACAGAACCUAUUGACUUGUAUGAAUGUUUUAGAGCAUUUACUAAAGAAGAAGAGCUUGGAGAAGAUGAGUUAUGGUAUGGUUUUAAUUCCUUUGUAAACUUUUUCUCUCUUUCUGUAAGACCUAUGUCUUGACGUGCCUGCACCGUAUUUCUUGUUCAUUCUUAUUUCUCUGCUGCAUUGGUCUUUUGAAGAACUUGGGGUGGGGUCAAACGUGAUGGGCAAACACACCAUUUAUAUACAAAUUUAUUAAGGUCUUCACUCAAUCAAUUAAAAUGAACAUAUUAUGCUAGAGCUCAACCUUUUUUUCCUUAGUUCAAUAUUAUCAUGGGGAUUUGUAAUGUAGUUCUUAAUUGUGAGUCUGUGGAUGAAAUCCUAUGGUGUUACCAUUUAAUUUUCACCUCUUCAACAGUAUAUUGACAUAUUACUAUGUACCGUGUAGUUCUAACUUUUGAGUCUGUGGAGGAAAUCCUAUGGUGUUACCAUUCAAAUGAAACCUCUUCAAUAGUACUUUCACAUAGUAUUUGUUUUCAGCAUAAUUAUUAUAAAAUGAAACGUGGGAAAUUAAUCAGAUUUUUAUGUUGGCCUCAUUAGGGCGGACGAGUUAAAUGUGGCAGGUAAAAUGUAUGUAGUAAAAGGUUGAUAUUUAUUUCAUUCACAUUCUUCUUUCUAAGGUACUACAACAGAUGCAAGAAGCACAGACUAGCGGUGAAAAAGCUGGACAUAUGGAGUCUACCACCCAUCUUAGUGAGUAACAGUUUUUUGCUGAUAAAGCACACUGUAAAUAUCUUGCGAAAAAGCCGUUAUCUUGAAAUCAAAACUGUUAUUAUGUCAGUCAUCUUACAAACCGAGAACAAAGAUUUUGACCCAUUCAACCUUACCUAGUGCCGUUUGGUUACAGUACACUGAGUUUCACUUCAUAAUGGAUCAAGAAAUCUGGACUGUUGUCAUCCGUGAUUGUAUUAUUUUAUAGUGUCAGUGACAAAAUUCAGUAUGUUACAUACACCAUGCCUCUUUGCACUCAGUUACUUUGUUGGCCUCCACACUUGCCUGCCUGCAGGCCUGCCAACUUAAAAAGUGUGUCUGGUUUUAGUAAUGGUAUUUAUUUACGGGGAUGGGACAUCAUUCCAUCACCAACCCCCCAACGUGGAGAGCCAGAUGUUGCGGCAAUAAUUUACGGUCACCUCACCACUAAAAAAUCUCGCCACCAACAAAAUCGCCACCACCUAAUAACUCUGCAAUAAUUAACACUGUUUACUUACCUGGGAUUGUUGCUUCUUCCCCAAGCCCAAAUAUAAGUCUCUCGAUUUUAAUUGACACCUUGCGUCAACUUCUUAUUUGCAUCGCUUGAGAGGUGCAAUUUGUUUAAAAUCCAACAGCCUUUCUUUUGAAAGUUGGUUAAUAUUGUCACUUGAACCUUACCUCUUUAAAUUUCAUUGUAAAUUUAAAGUGAAAGAAUUCUUUUUAGAGACGUGUCCUCGUGGCGAUUUCAUUGGUGGCGAGGUGACCAUAUACCGUUGCAAUUCGUCCUGGUCUUUCAUUUAAAACCUACCCAGCACGGUUAAAUCCACCACCCACCAGGGAACAAGGCCCCAGCUGGCGUACUUUUCAGGGUCAUCAAGGUACCCAAACCUCCCCUUCACGCAUGUUACAGUGCAACGCUUAGGGAGGAUUUUAUGCUUUGUGCAAACGGACACAACAGUGGUGGCCAACAACUCCCAACACUGUUGGAUUUUACAUGUUGCGCCUGUUUGCACACCCUGUUGAAUGUUGUUGAGAGCUGUUGGGCAAAGUUUGAAACCGGUCAAACUUUAAGCUAUGUGCAAAUGGACGCAACAACUCCCAACAAUGUUCCGUCCUUUUGCACGGGGCUUUACAUUUAACACCGUUUCUAUUCCACUGGCAGGUUAUUCACUUGAAGCGAUUUCAGUUAGUUAACAACCACUGGGUGAAGUCAAAUAAGAUUGUUCGGUUUCCCAUGGAAGGCUUUGAUCCUUCAGCGUUCUUGGCUAAGCCGUCCAGAAGUGGAACAUCAAGUGCCAUUACGUCAGAUGGCGGAGUCACCACAGUCAAUGUCAAAAGCAGUGAGGAAAUGGUGAACGAGGAGGAGACUGAGGAGAGGAAAGAAGCAACCACACGGCAGGGGAGUGAAGUGAGUACAGACAUCACUCUGUUUGCCGUAUGUGACAAAGUACUGUUAGCUGGGAUCUUUCGUAGUCGAUCAUCUGAAAUAAUCGGAUUAACCCAACCAAUUGAUCAUGGAUUAUAAUCAGAGAAAUCGCUUUAUAAGAAUUCCAUUUAUUGUUAUCCUUUCUGUCUUAUAAGUGUUGGUACAGCCUAGGGAUGUGCUGUGAAAUUUUUGACCUUCACAAAAAUGUGGUUUUUCAGUCUCCAAUCCCCUGUCGUAAUAAAACUUCCUAAAGUAAUAGACCUUUAUUCGCUCUAUGUAUUAUGCUGAUUACUCAGUGUAGAAAAUCUUGAGAUGUUCUUCGGAGAUUUCAUUCCUUGUCUUUGGUAGCCUGUGCACACCACCCCUCCCCCACGCCUUCCCUCAAAACAAUCAGGGAGAGAGUUCCCCUCUGAUUUUUUUUAGGGAGGGGCGCGGCUGUACAUUGUCUAUGUCUUGUUGGAAGUAAGGAGUACGUGAUGUGUCCACUACUCUGAUUCUCUAUUGGGUAUUGUCAUGUGAUCUCAAAAGGAACAGCCAAACAACAAAGUGAAUACGGUCUAUUUUGAUGGACCCCUUAAAACUCAUUCUCACACAGCUGUGGUUAUUUUAAAUGCUCACUAAUGUAAUUUAUUUUCUUUGCAGGAGUCAUCGUCCCAAAGUUCAGCUGGAGAACUAAGUUCAAGUCAAGUUGAACUCAACCAAAACAGCAAGCCUCCCUCGCGUCAUUCCUCGUGUUUAAGCCUUAACUCGGCCAAGGUUCACCCGGAAGUGACGUCAGAGAACUCUGCACCUACCCCUGUAGAAAGACCAAGCACUUCGGACUUCAUUGUGUCAGAUUCUGCAGAAUCGCAGGGUACUCAACGUGAAAAUGUGCGUAAAGUGUUGGCGGCUUCGAGAAGUGAAGGCUCACAAAGUGAGAUACCAACGUACAGGAUAUACGCCAUGUCGGUAUGUCGAAUGAAGCUCAAGUAAACUGUUAGUGAUUCGCAUUGUUCAAGACUCUCUUAGUAUUUCUUACUGACUCUGUUGGGUUUGUUUUAGUGUCACACUGGUGUUCUGGGCGGAGGUCAUUACAUUUCAUAUGCACACAACCCAAACAGCAAAUGGUACUGUUAUAAUGACAGUAGCUGUAAGGUUAGUACUGGAUCAACAUGUUUAAUAUGGCGGUCAUACUGUUUUAAGGGUUUCUCCAUCAAGUGGUGAACCUUUGCUAUAUUUCUAGGUUUAUUUUGGUUGGACUGUUAACCAUUUUCACGUUCGCCGUAUUUUAUUACGACUAAAGCCUCGUGUAAACGGACGCAAAAUUGUUCACCAACAACUCCCAACAAUGUUGGGAGUUGUUACGUCCGUUUGUACGUAGUUCAAAGUUUGACCGGUUUCAAACUUUGUGCAACAACACUCAACAACAUACAGCAGGGUGUGCAAACGGACGGAACAUGUAACAUCCAUUUGCUCCGGGCUUUACAUGUUGCGUCCGUUUGCACACCCUGUUGUAUGUCGUUGAGUGUUGUUGAGAGUUGUUGCGCAAAAGUUUGAAACCAGUCAAACGUUUAGCUACAUUUAAACCGACGCAACAACUCCCAAUAUUGUUGGGCGAACAAUAUUGGAAAUUAUUGCGUCCGUUUGCGCGUACCUUUAAAAGGACACCUUUGAAACCGACAAUAAGUAUCCGUGUAUGUGCGUCGUAUAGAGAUUGAAAUAAAGGUAGUGAAGAAAGGCAGGAACCAACUCUAGGUGUCCGUUAAGAAGAAUUGACUUAAUUGCAACAGUUGUGGUGUAUUAUGGAGGUAACUAGGUUGAUAAUGUUUUCGUUUACUUCUCUUUUUUCAGGAAUGUGACAAUACUAAGCUUCAAAAGGACUCGCCCUACAUGUUAUUCUAUCAACAGGACGAUCUGGAGGAAGGAAUGUUUCUUCCCAACUUCAAUGGUCAAACGCCUGACUCAGCCAGCGAUGACGAAGAAUAUGAGAACGAAGUGCGUAGACUGUGCGUCGUUCAAUGA